AUGGGUGUCUCCGGCCUUCUACCCCUACUCAAAUCUAUACAACGCCCCACAGAGGUCAAAAACUUUCGCGGCCAGACCCUAGGCAUUGACGGCUAUGGCUGGCUCCAUCGCGCCGCCUACUCGUGCGCCGUUGAGCUCGGCCAAGGCAAGCCCACUGACAAGUAUGUGACGGCUUGCAUGCAUCGUAUCCGCCUGCUCUGCCAAUUUGGCGUCAAGCCCUACAUGGUCUUUGACGGCGACUAUCUGCCCAGCAAGGCCGCCACCGAAGACGCCCGCGCCAAGAGCAGAGACGAGAAGAAAAAGGCCGCUCUGGGGUACAUCAAGGCCGGCAAACCGUCUCUGGCCGCCCAGGAGUUCCAAAAGUGCAUCGACGUCACCCCCGAGAUGGCCGCCUCUCUCAUCCACCAGCUCAAAAAGAUCAAUGUCCCCUACGUCGUUGCCCCGUAUGAGGCCGACGCCCAGCUCGUCUACCUUGAACGCAAGGGUCUCAUCGACGGCAUCAUAUCAGACGAUUCCGACUUGCUCGUCUUUGGUGCCAAGCGUCUGCUCACCAAGAUGGACCGCUACGGAGCCUGUAUCGAGAUCAACCGCCGAGACUUCUGUGCUUGUCGCGAGGUGUCUCUCACUGGCUGGAGCGAUGCAGACUUCCGCAGGAUGGCCAUCCUCAGCGGCUGCGAUUACCUCGACGGUCUGCCCAGCGUGGGACUCAAGACGGCCUACCGCAUGCUUCGAACGUCGAAGACGCCUGAGAAGGUUGUGCGCAUGCUCCAGUUCCAGGGGAAGCGCAUCUCGGAAAACUACCUCACCCAGUUUUAUCAGGCCGAGCUGACCUUUCUCCAUCAAUGGGUCUACUGUCCAGAGGCGGAAGGGCUGGUCCACCUCACCGAGUUGGAUGGCACCCGUACGGCCGAAGAGAUGCCCUUCAUCGGCGCCUACGUGGAGAAGAGCCUCGCCCAAGCCAUUGCCAAGGCUGAGGUGAACCCCAUUACUAAGGCUCCCAUCACGAUCGCCGUCACCCCCAGCAAGAGGCGCCAUUCUCAGGCUGCCACCUCCACCGCCAGUGCCACCGCCAGUGCCACCGCCGUCCCCAGUCAGCCGUCUACGAAACCUAUAAAAUCGUACUUCAAGAGCCACCAGCGCAUUCCCAUGGGCUCCAUGGACACGAACUGCUUCGCUGUCGAUCCAGAGCGCGUAGCCCAGCUGACCGACGGUGGCCUGGUCCCUAGAGUCUUCCCCCUCCCAAGACCCUACCUGGACCAGCCCAGCACUCUCCCGUCAUCGGGAAGCGCGAGGCGUCCCGAUGCGGGACCUACACGAAAUUCACCUAGGAUCCACAGGCGCCGCACCGAGCCGAUUUCCAACAUGCUGUCGGAUAUGGGCCACAACUCGAAGCCCUCGAAGCCGAUAUCCACUAACCUGACUGGCGGGAGCGCUCCAAGCUCCCUUCAGAAGACGGAGAACCAGACUAGGCCGCCCAAGAAGGCCCGGCUCUGUGAGGAUGCUGCUGAGCAGGACGGGUCUCCCAAGCAGAGCAAGUUCUUUGGCGCCAAGGAGCCCACGAGGAGGAGUCCCCGCAGGGCAAGGAGCGACGCAUACCUGCUCUCAGACGACUCCAUCAACGAAGCACUCGUGAAUCUGCCCGACAUUGAUGGUUUCAGAUCGCCCAAGUGUGGCAAGCCGAUUUCUGUGUUUGACGAGUCGAGCCAAGACGUCGGUGUCCAGGGCAGCAGUCGGGGACCUAGUCAGGAGGCCGCUGGGGAGACGGUGCCUGAAGCCAGUUUGCAGCAGCAGCUCUCUCCGUCCCCGGACAGGAUGGCCAUGCCACCUCCCAAGUCGACGAGCCGACUGUCGGCCUUUGCCCACACUCCCUCAAGAUCCACCAACAUCAGGCGCUUCUCAUACAACUCAGCGGCCCCGGACACACCAGCAUCGGCGGCGACAUCGACCGUCUCAUCCGUCUUCAGCGCCGGCUCGACGCCGGGCACGGCCCCAUCCACAGGCAUCAGCAGCGUGCGCCCCACGCCCCUGCAGCGUCUGGGCAACCGGGCCUUGAGCGCAUCGUACUCGCCCAAGCCCCGAAAGACGACGCCCUCCAAGCAGCAGCCCAGGGGUGUGGGUGAUGUGCCCGUGAACCCGUCGUUUGUGCCGCUUCCCAAGGUUGACUUGAAGGAGCUCGAGGCUCUUCACAGGUCGAACGGAGGGAGUGAGGAUCAGAUCGUCCCUGACAGUGACGAGGAUGAUGAAGGGGACGAUGCCGAAUUGGAGGCUGCGCCUCUGACCAAGUUGAACCUGUCCCGUUUUUCAUUUAAGAGGGUGUAG